GUCUGGUCGUGAGCUGGAAUUGCAUCUCUCUCCCGCGCGUUACCGUACUGGCCUGCAAAAAAAGCAAAGCGGGUCAAAAAAUGCGGACGAUGAAUUCUUUGCGUCACGUUUCAACAAGACUCUUCGGUACAUUUGGAAACGAGUGAAAGUGCCUGACUCCCAAUUGACCUUGUGGUUUAUGACCCGCGUUUUGCUUCACGGACACCACUACGAUUCCAUUACCAAAGAUGCUGCCAGAAAAUGGACGCUGAAUCUACCGGAAUCCGUUCUGGAAUCGAUUCGAAAUGUAACAAAUCAGAGACUCUCCACGGAAUCUCUACCAGAGAAACAGACGGGGGCUGAAUCUCUACAACAGGAUCAGGAACUGGAACAGCUGCUCGUCACUGCAGUCCUCUCAACUGGGGAAUUCUGUGCCUUUGGAAAGCUGUGCCGUCCUCGUCCAGGAGAUUUUGAAGGAAAUAAAGGAGAUCUUGUUGGUGGACACCUUGGUGAUGAAGCCAACAAGGAGGCUACCAAGGUUUUGAUCAGCAAUUACAACAACAUCAAGAUAACUGCUUCCAUAACGGAGAAAGAGCGUGUUGAGCUGUUGCAGCCGUCCCUGGCUAUCAGCGCAAAUAUGGCCUUUCAGAAUGCCGUUGCUAGGAGCUGCACGGUCGACCAUGCUGCCGUGCUUAACUGGCAAGGACAGCACGCUUCGGCAACCGCGACAGGAGCGCCACCGCUGCACGAACGCAUCACCUUUCUGACGGGGCCCCCUGGCAGCGGAAAAAGUGUCCAAGCUUUAACUCUCUUGCUUCGCAUCGAAGACGAAGCGUCGAAAUUAAUGAGCGAGAGCGCGGCGCAGCAGCCAGAACAGGUUCUACUUCGCUACCACACGACAAACGAGAAGCUGCGGAACGAGGUCAGAAGCAGCAUCGAGAAGCACUACGAAGACGCAAGUCAUUUGCUUCCUGGAGCGUUAUCUUCUGGAUUCACGAGUAGAAUCGAAGUUCACAGUGGGCCUGACGGGCUAACGCAGUCUCUCUCUGAUGAGGACAGCGACGACGAUGACUUGGCACUUGCUGCUGAAGGCCGUCCAACAGAUGGAGGAGCACGGGACCAGCUCCUUUCUAC